UAUUUCAGCACAUUUUAUUUAUGUCUAAAGUACAAUGCACACUUGCUUUACAAAUAAUUAAUGAUCAUUUUGGAGAUAUAUCAGAACAAGUUGUGGCUUAUCUUCUUCAAAAUGGUCAAAGAAGCUUAAAAGAUAUUUGCGAUAAUGUCAAAAUCAGUAAAGAUGAGGUGAAGAAAGUGUUGGUCAUAUUAAUUCAGCACAAUCUUGUCAGUUUUAACAAGUAUAAAAACAAAUUCACAGAAUAUCAUACCGAACUUCACAAUAUUAUUAGGCGUAGAUCUUUUCAAAGAUAUAUCUACAUUGCAAAAUUAAAACACGGUGACAUUGGGGAGUUGAUCAUUGAAAAAUUAUUGUUGAAUGGAUGUGACACUCUUAGUAAAGUUGCUAAAAGAGUUACAGAACGUUUAGAGGUUGAUGAUCCUGAAGAACAGCGACCAGAUCAAUCAGUUGUAAUCAAAAAAUGUAGUGAUUUAAUUUCUGCUCAUUAUUUAAUGCGUUAUAAAUGUUUACAAUAUCCAAAAGAAGGUAAAAAAGAAACAAAAGAUAUUAAUCCAAAUGAUGUGUUUUUGUUUCCACAAGGUGUUGGAAAGAAACGUAAGGCACAAACAAAAACAGAUGAACCUAUGUCAAAGAAGCGAAAAAUUGAUAGUGAAAAAGAUGAAGAAGCUGGAGAAAAUGAACAAUAUGAGGAUGAUGGUGUAUACUGGUAUGUAAACUUUGAAAGGUUGGAUCAAGAUUUUAAUGACCAGCAAAUGGUUUUUAUAAUCUCAUACCUCAAGAUUUUAUUGUGUUCAAGAUGUUACAAUAAUCAAAUCAGCAUUAAUUGUGUUACAAUAACAAGUUAUUUAAUUACACGUGCAGUUGUAGAGCGAAUUGAUCAGAGCGCAUCAAAGAUAGUUGCAACUUUGCUGAAAAUGACAGAACUUGAGCGAAAUAUUUUAUCAAAAAACACUCGCAGCAUAUCUAUUUUUGAUUUGAUAAAAAAGCUGCCUUCAACUCCAAGGCUUGAUCAACAAGAAGUCUAUCAGUAUCUUUCUCUUCUUUCUGACGAGAAGACAGGAGGGUUUGUCAGUAAAACAGAUGAAGCUGCUGGUGGAAUGUACUCUGUCAAUAUACAAACUAGUUUAGAGAUGAUAUGUGAAUCUGUAUGCUCUACUAUUGUUAUGGAAAGAUUUGGAUCAAAAGCUUGUCGUGUGUUUAGACUCCUUAUUCAAAAAAGAUUAUUAGAACAAAAACAGAUUGGUGAAUUGGCAAUGAUUCCUUUCAAAGAUGUUAAAGAACUUCUAUAUAAACUUUUUGAAGAAAGCUUUUUGACUAUUCAAGAAGUUUCAAAAACCAAAGAUUAUGCACCUUCCCGGUCUUUUUAUUUAUUUGGUGUCGAUAUGCCUCAGGUUUCAAGAUUACUUCUCAACCGUAGCUAUCAGGCAAUGGGAAAUUUAAUGUUGCGUAGAAAGUUUGAAAUGGAAGAAAACAAGCGUUUACUUGAAAAAGAUGAAAAAAUUGAAGGUAUCUUAGCAGCGCUUUCAACAUCAAACGAACAGACUGAGCAAGUUAUCCAAGAACUGGAAGAGUUAAUAACACCGACUGAAAAAGAGCAGUUAGCUAAACUAAAGUUAGAUUUAGCAAGGUUAGAACAAGGUGAAAUUCAAUUGGCGGAAACUAUUUGUGUGCUACAAAGUUAUGUUCGUUUUCAUUAAACUUUUCCAUCUCGUCAACAUGAUCUGAAUCUAAGGUCAUCACUUCCAAAGCUGUAUCAAGAUACCAAACAUGAUUCUUCCAAGACUUCAAAAUUAUAUUAGCAGCAGGUUCAGUUUUAACAUAAUGGGACAUUUGCCAAUAAAACCUCUGAUCUUAAAAUUUAUUUUCAAGUAAAACUUGUGUUUAGUAUAAACUUUAAUGAAAUUCCAGGCAACAUUUAAUACAGCAUUCAAUUGUUCAA